AUGGCUCGUAUCGACACUGCUAGCCUUCGAGAUGCCCCGAGGAGUAACGAUUCCUUGGGACUAAUCCUUCCGGUCGGCAACAGGGUCGGGCCAUUGAUUUUGACCUUCGCGUCCCUCAUUGCCUUGUCGAUAUGUGGUACAAGGCGAGUACAAAACAUCCGGCGCUGGAGUUUACUUCCUCUAUCUUACUGGAUCCUCCUUCUGAUCUACGCGGACACCCUACUAUUCAUCGUAUCUACAGCGCUUCUAACCGCUGCCGGCAUAAACUCUUCUCAUACGGUCUGUCAGGCCGGGAUAUUUCUGUGUCUAGUCUUUUACUUUAUGUCAAAGAUCCUAAUAUACAUGUUUCUCGUGGAGAAGGCCCACAUUGUCCGGGGUCGAGGAAAGAGACGCCUAAAGAGCAAAGUGUAUCUGUUCAACUGCUUCGGCAUGCUCUUGUCUUAUGCUGGACUCGCUGUCGCCAAUAUGGUCCGCCGCAUUGGAUACCUUAGGGAUGAUGGAAUGUGCAUCAUCGGGAUGGAGCGUUCUGUGCUUAUCCCAUUGGUCAUCUUUGAAGUCUUCGUCAACUUGUACCUCACAACAACCUUCUUAAUCCCUAUUCGCAAUCUCCACUCCUACGAUCAUAAUCCCAGGCUUAAAAAGAUGGUCAUCCGAACCUUUGUCGGAUCCCUUGCCACAUUGACGUCUACUGUCGUUAAUAUCGUCAUGAUGACGGUUCUCGAUGGAGAACCCGCCUGGAUGUGUUUCAUCAUAUGCAAUACUGAUAUCCUUUUCACGACCCUGGUGUUGCACUGGGUCACUGUGUCCGAUUCCGUGGGCACUUCACAGAACGCAUCACCUUGCAAUCCACGACACGGCUACGACUCCAGUAAUAACAAUACGAAUCCAGAUGAUAGCACGAAUCAAAGGUCACUGAAGGGUGCGGAGACGAACAACACCAUCUACCAGGGCUCAGGCGCUGCGCAAGGAUUUGCAGGAGCGCAGAAGAACGGAAGCCAGAUGGAUAUGGCUAUUAUUGACGAGGAAAACCGUGCCAGUGGGGAAAACAUGCCUCAAGCCCCGGGGACUAUAUUGUGUUCUGAAGACACCGGGUCGGGUUCUUUAAGAUGCCAGGAUAGGCUCGCGAGACGAAACAGCAUGGCAGAAGAAACUGCCGUUCAACAAGUCGUCUAA